CUCGGCUUCAACUUGGCCAAAGAAACGCGGCUCACUCGACUGACUCGCACUCCAUCCACUCACUACUUUCUUUUGACACCCUUGACGCUAUAAGGCACCCCUUUGCGAGCCCAACCCGUGGAUUAUCUAUUAAAAUUUACCAUCCUCAGCUCGUCUGCACGUUUCCGACCGCUCAUGACCGAAAAUAUCCCGCCCGCAACCGCUGCUGGCGGGAAGUCCAUCCCAGCAGGUUCUGGGCCGGAACAAAUACAGAAUCGCGGGAUCCCAUAUUACGAGAAGCUGAGACGCGAACUGAGAGAGACAAUACAAAAAAAGCGGCUAAUGGAUAAGAAUAUGGCUGCUCUAGAAGAAUCCAUAUACCGCUUCGAGCAAUCGUACCUCGAAGAAACCGGUGCCGGAAACAUAAUUAAAGGCUUCGACAAUUACAUAAAGGGCUCCUCUGGCGUAUCUGGGUUAGGAUUGGGGGGCAGUCUUGGAUCGAUGACUGGUUGUAGCGGCACAGGCGGCCCAGCCACGCGCAGAAAAACAGCGGUGCAAGAUAGUGACCGGGUGUUCUCGAGGAGUUCGGCGAGUUUUAUGCGGGACUCCCCCGCCCCCUCCAGCGCAAACACAACCCCAUCCCACGCCCCAACACCCACCUCCGCCUCCAUGCCGGGCUUCAACAGAGAUAACAGCAAUACCAGCACUGUGAAUAACAACAACAACAACAACAACAACAACAAUAGCAACAUGUCGGCUGCCAGCAGCGUGAAGGCGAGCACGAAUAAGAAGAAGAAGGCAUCCGCGGCUGCGAAUACGAAUACUAACGCAAAGGCCAGCGGCGGCAGCGCCAACGCCAACAAUACAAGUACGGAUGCGAAUGCUGAUGCGGGCUCGGGUGGGAGGGGAAGGGAAAGGGAUGGCGACGAUGAUGCUGAGUCGGGGGGUAAUAAGCAGCCGGUGAAGAGGCUGAAGAUUACGUAUGGGAGGGAGUGAAGGGGUUGAUGCAGUACAUUUUAGAGCAUUCUCCCUACUUCCUAUUUCGUGUCGUUGGUUCGUUCCGGGCUUCGUUAUUGUCGGGAGUUUAAUUUUCAGGGAUGCCACUGGGACUGGCUUUGCGUGGGCUGGGCUGCGGGCUGGGCUGCGGGCUGGGCUGCGGGCUGGGCUGCGGGCUGGGCUGCGGGCUGGGCUGCGGGAGCAGGGGCGUUGGGAUCAUAUAUGUAUGUGCCUUUUCCUGCAGGCUUCUUUUUAUGGGCAAUUUUGGGCGAACUGGUUAACUAGACUAGCGGGGCGGCGGGACAAAAUAUUUAAGCGAAGGGAGGUAUUUAAUUGCGAAAGAAAGAAUUUUCAAAUCAUCAAAGACGAAGGAUCGAUAUUGCUUGAUAGUAAUAAUACACGGGACUAUUGGCAUGCCUCCUAAAAUGCCUUGAAUGAAACUCUACACAAUCAUCGCGCCUGGCAUUCUCCCGCCAACUCCUUCGCGUUCCGUUCGGAAUCGCGGUUGUCCGGCGGUACCACCGCCUGCCGCAUUUUGAUAUGACAGAAAUGAUACCGAUCUAUCUUCUCCAUUUUUCACUCUCGUUUGUCUCAUUCCCUCAUGGCGCAAUGACCAUAUAUAGAUACCUAGGUGACUCAAUUGCCCUGCCUAUUCCCCUCGAGUUUCCUUCUGCGCGUGUGCGGCUGUGCGUGUCUGCUUCAGCAGCUGAUUUUUCAAGUACACCUAUAUCGGGGGUUGUCUCUCUACCACGCAAGCGUACGCUUCUGUUCCAAUAAGACAGCAGCACAUUCAUUAGGUAUAUUUCCUUCAAGUCAAGGGCCUGCAACUAUUUUGUGCAUAGAGGUGCCAAGUAAAGAGACAGGAGCCGCAAAUGGAACAUCAAACAUCAAACAUAAAAAAAAGCAAGACAAGAAGAAGGACCCGGAAACCCCAAUAAGCUACAAUCCAAGUCCCAUUUCAUCCUAUUCAUGAAAGCCAGUCGUACAAUUAAUUAUCAAAUGGACGGUUCACAACUACCAGGACCGCAAUUAAGCAUAACUUAUCAUUACCGCUGCUCUAGCCACCCCAGCAACCACAGCUUGCCCGCCCUCCCUUACAAUUGCAACCGAUACGUCGCAACCUCAAACGCCCUCAACUCAAUAUCCACCUCCGCCGCACCAGUCUUCUGCACCACUGCCAACUGCUCCAAAUCGUCCUCGAGCACAUUACACUUCCACACCUUCUUAACAGGCAACUUGGUCGUGAUGGAGCCGCGGCUCUUCCCGCCGAGUGACUCAUAGAUGCGCAGGAUAAUGCUGCGCCCGGGACGCGGCUUGAAGUCGCCGCGGGAGACAUCUUCGUCAUCCUCGCCACGCUUGAUGGUGUCGAGGAUUAGAGACGAAGAGCCCUUGAGAGAAAAGGCAUCGAAAAGCUGGGAGGCCUCUGUGCCAGAUGCUGGUUGAACGACUAAUGGAUUGUUGAAAUUGUAUCCUGCACGGACGGUACGGGCGUCCAACGGUCCUUUGUGCGGCAUGAUUGCGUAACGUAUAUGGUGUCGGCCCAUGUCCGCGUUGGCAUCGGGAGCUUUAGGGGCACGGAGCAGAGACAGGCGCAUCAAGUUGCCGCAUGUCGCGAAUCCGUACUUGGAGUCAUUGAGGAUUGAGACACCGUAGCCCGCCUCAGACAGAUCAGCCCAUUUGUGGCAGCACACUUCAAACUUGGCCAUGUCCCAACUAGAGGAGGACUCCCAUUAGUAACUGGAUGGACUGCUACUUCUGGAGAAGGGGCAAACACAUACCUGGUGUUAUAGUGUGUUGGUCUUCUGGUUAUUCCAUAUUGUGAUUCAUACGACGCUUCAGUGUUCACGAUAUCAACGGGAAAUUCGACUUUCAGGAACUUCAUGGUUUCUUGCCAUUCGACUUCACUGGUCAUCUCGACGAGAGGAGUCGAAUCGCCAGUAGUGGCGGUCAGGCUAAUUGUUGAUUUCACCCAACUCUUGUCGCUAAUUUUAGUUUCUGUUACAACACUAACACGAUGAGGACUGUUCUCCGCGAUUUUCGUUGUCUCAGACUUUAGUUCCUUCCGGGAUUCGAGAUGAUAGACUUCAACAUCCCAAGCUUGCCAGUAAAGAGGUUUGUCGUCGAAGAUCACGAGUUGGUUAGCCUUCCCGCCCUUUGCGAUAACCUCUCUUUUCUCCUCUAAAUCAACGAGAGAGGUAAUUACCCCAUUAGACACCUCCAGGGACAAUUUGGAGUUCGAGAGCCUGAAGACUCCUGGUUUCACCUCCUUCAGGGAAACAGAUGGUGACCGGACCGACCCAAGGGGCUGAAUAGCAAUUACCCCCAUACCGCCUUUAGCGAGUGCAUACUGCGGUUUUCCCGAGGCAGUGCUCGUAUCGUCAACUCGUACAAUCUCUGAACGAGGCCAAGGAAGGCUGUUGAUGGCCACAAGUCCACGGUCCGCUCUGCUUUCUUGAGAGCUGAACCCAAGAACCUUCAACGCCUCUUUUCUUAACCUUGAACCCGUUGCAAAUACCUUUGCAUACUCUUUAUCAGAGUCAUCGUAACACAUCUCAAUCGAGCUUCCGGGAAGACAGUCGUGGAACUGGCAGAGCAGAACGCUCUCCCACAUAUCGUCAAUGUCUUUCUUGGGGUAUUUAUAGUUGGGGUCUUUGAGGGUAGCUAGGGUGGCAAGCAACUCUACGUCACGCAGAACAAACUCCGAUUUGCGAUUGUACAAUUUAUUCUUGGCCUGAGUCGUGUAUGUUCCUCGGUGGAGCUCGAAGUAGAGCUCUCCGUACCAAGUGACAAACUCCGUUCCAUUGGCAGCCUUUUCCUCAAGUUUUGCAAAGAAAUCAUCAACGGUGGAACCCAUUGUAACACGGGGAAGCAGUUCGCCCUUAUCACUCAUACCUCGGAGUCUCCGCAGCUUCUCGAGAUGUUCAAAAGUCGGUCCUCCGCCGCCAUCACCCUUGCCAAACACAAGAAGAGAGGUGUUAUCUUGAUCCAUCGAUUUGUGCUGGGUGACACUUCGACGGACGUCUCCAAAGUGGGCACUGGCCGUGUACGUCUCUGCUGGAGUCAUAUGGCAAAGAACUUGGCUGCCAUCCAAGGCAACCCAGUUGAAAGUCGUAUGGGGGAAAUUGUUGAUGUUGUUCCAGCUAAGUUUUUGAGUGAAGAAGCGACUCAUCCCAGCCAACCGACAUAGUUGAGGAAUCUGGGAUGAGUAUCCAAAGGUAUCUGGCAGCCAAAAGGUGGUGCAGCGUUCGCCAAAAUGGCUUUCAAAAUAUCGCUGGCCAUAGACGAACUGGCGGACCAAGGACUCUCCGCUUGGCAUGUUGGUAUCAUGCUCUACCCAGCUUCCACCAAUGGGGAUGAAGCUCCCCUUCUUCACACAUGACUUGACACGGUCAAAGGCAUAGGGAUAGUCCUGCUCUAGCCAUUUGAACUGCUGGGCCUGAGAACAGACAAAACGCAAUUCGGGGUAGCGUUCCAUCAAAUCGCACUGGGUAGACCAGGACCUGGCCACUUUACGUCUUGUCUCCGCCCAGGGCCACAACCAACAAGAAUCUAUAUGGCAAUGGCCAAUACCAUAAACAAUUGGCUGUUUAUCAGUUUUAUAGACGGCGUCAGAAUCCACCAAGUUGCCCAGGUAUUGCUGUGCAAUUUGGCGGCCCUUAAUAAUCGAUUCCUGGCUGCCAUUGCCUUCGAUAAAGGCAUCCAUUAUGGCAUUUGCAACUUGCUGGGCCUCGUGGGAGUGCCAUGAAUCCGAAGGGAAUUCCCGUGCGGCGUCUUGAAAACUUCAAAUCAGUAACAAUUUCCUUCGCGGAUUUGUAAAUAAGUGCUAUGUAUGCAUACCCCCAAUCAUCCAGAAAUCAUAGUAGAGCGCCCUAGCUUGUAAGUUUACAGCUGUAAUCCUCGCCACAUUAAGUCGAUAAUAUUUGUUUGGGUUGGGAGGUUGGAUGGAGUCGCCGCCGGGGGCAUUGCCAAACAUUCCAUUGCAGGCCAUUUCAAUAUAGAAGAUGUGCUCUUUUCCAUCCCUGAAGCUGUCGGGCAAAAUCCAUUCAAUUCUCUCACCACCACCUGUCAGGCCCUGCAAUGGUUUCCCGUCUUCCGUCCAAACCAUCCCCUCAUUGUUUGCAUCCCAGUGGAACUCAAGUCGCUCCUUUUUGCGCAUAUCCUCCGGUACCGUGAGUUGGAUCUUGAACCAAUGAGUUGACCAGCUGGGGCCAAAGGACUCUCCUCUUCUAGUAGGCCUGAAUUGGUUGGAGGUGGCAUCCUUGAAGCUAGGUCUGGCUAGGUCUGGCACCGAGUAAACGGAGAGCUUGACAUGCUGCUCAUCGUCGUUUGUGGCUUCAUAGUAUUUCCUACAGACCAGAAAUGAAUAUACAAAAAAAAAUCAUUAAUUACUGCAAGUUAAUGAACAUAGGCACACAUGUCGUCCAGGGAUUAAAGGGAUCUAUCUAUAUAUCUAAACAAAGGGAGAGGGGGGAUUGGGAAGGAUCGUAC